ACCAUAAUAUAGUUACUGUUGUACUUGUAGUGUAUAGUCGUGCUAUAGACUAUUAUAACGAGUAACGACUGCAGUUGUGCGCCGCUCGUGUCCGUCGUCGGUCGCAGUGUGACUGUGUGAGUGAGUGAGUGACGGUGAACUGGCAUAUUGGCAUAUAUUUUUUUUUGUAUGGCAUUGUAGCAUUGUAACAAUCGAGUCUACGACUUCAAGCCGUCCCAAAUUGUAUCCAUAUUUUGUUCACUUAAAUUAAUUCUGUACUAUCGUAUGAUAGUCUUCCGAUCGUUUACAAACAAAAAUUAUCAUCGCCGUUCUAGUCCAUUUGUGUUUAUUUGUGUUCUAUAUUAUUGUUGAAAAAUUUUUUUUGCAUUUAUUUUUCUUUUUMGAUCCGCAGUUACCGUGUGUUUUUUUUUACCGACCGCAACAGAGCUUUGUUUAACCAGUACUCACUAAUCGCGAUACCAUAUUAUAAUUGAUAGUUUAAGUUGCAUGUUCAAUCCAUUGUGCAUUAUACACCUAUUUUCUACAGUAUAAUAUUACUUUAAGAAUAUUCGUCAUUGCCGUGMAUAGAUUUUUUCUUUUAUAAACGCACUUUUUAUUGACAUAAACUAUGUGGUCCAAGAGCAACGCAGACAAACUAAAAAUGGAACUUUCAGGCAAAAGGGACAAACAACAGCAGUCCAUUAAAAGUGAGAAGAUUACCGAAGACAAUGCCAACAUAAAAAUGGAUUCUGGAUUCUUGUCUGGUGCCAAUUUGUCUUGUGAUAAUAUGUUAUCCAAAGAAAAUAUUGAAUACGACAUCAAGAACAAAGAGCCCCUCAACUUAAAACAACAGAAGGAUGCAACAGAAAUUGCCUUGGAUAGUGGCUUGGAUAUCUGCGAAUCAGGCUGUUUGAGUGAAUUGGAUAUUGACCAGAAAAAAAUUUGCAAACCCUGUUCCAWAAAUGAUUGGCAAUUUUAUUUUCAACAGAAUGAAGAUGGUGACACGCAACUUCAUCUUGCUAUUCUCCAUGGAUAUAUCCAAGUAUCAAAACGCUUAAUCGAUAUUUGUCCAGAUUCCAAACUUUUAGACAUACGAAAUGAUGAUGGCCAAGUAAGUGUUUAA